CCCAAUUUCACGACGUUCGUACAGACUAAGUCAGUAGACUUCAGGCACCGUUAUGGCUUGCUCCUCGGUUUGCUGCUUGCAUUGUCGGAAAGAAUUUCGACUGAAGAAUUUUGGAUUUGCAGACGUCCAUCCUGCUCGUUUUGUCAUGUUUCAGUGGCGGCUUCCCCCAAUCCUCUAUGUGGUGUACCGCAUGGUCAUGGCUGUGUAUGCAGACUUCUGGCUAAUCUACACGUCAACAUCCUUCAUUGGCUUUGGUACUGAAGACAUGACCGACAUUGAUCCAGGAAAUGCUUCCACACAGAAUGGAACGAAGAAUGGUACAGACUUCGUACUUUACCCAUGGUAUGCUUACUUGACUAACUGGACAUACCUCUUGUUGAGCUUGUAUCUGACAUGGCAUUUUUUCGUCACUGUGGCUUACCUUCUUCAGAACCCCAUGCCUCUAAACAGUCGUCCAGAUCCGAGUUUACACAGAAGAAUUUUCUCCGAGCUGAAUCCCUCUGGAAGCUUUUACAAUACGUCUGACUAUAACUCGGUUAUCGCGACCUCCAUGGAUCCUGUGAUAGGAAGUGAUUCGAUGGUUCUUCCGUGGUACUUCAAGCUCACCUGGGUGCUAUAUAACAUGGCAAAUGUUGGGUCUCUGCUUGUCACUGUGGUUUUCUUUGUCUUCCUUUGGCCCAUGUUCAACACAUCCAAUAUUGGCUUGUUUAAUCUGCAACUUCAUGGAAUAAACACGGUGCUCACAGGAAUUGAACUCUUUCUCACCGCUAUACCAUAUCGCCUGUACCACUACAUAUAUACUUUAAUGUAUGGGUUGGCGUACCUUAUUUUUUCAGCUAUAUUCUAUGCAGCUGGAAAUACAGAUCCAAUAUAUCGUGGUGUAUUGGACUGGUCUAAACCAGGUCAAACAGCUGUUUUUAUUUUACUUCUGGGCUUUGUUUUUAUGCCCAUUUUGCAGGCUUUUUUGUUCUUCAUAUACAAGUUGAGACUUUUGAUAUACAAAGAAAUUUCUAAAGAUGUCAUUGUGAAUGAAAAUGAAGAUGCAUUUUCUUCAGACAUCAACAAUAUAUGA